AGGGAGGAGGGGGCCGUCAGUUCAGCUCACGUAUCUCCCCCCGAUCACGAGCAGUUCAGCUCCUCCCCCGCCGGCUCAUCGCCCGGGCCACGUCCUUCGCCGACCCCUCGCGCCUCUCUCCCCUCUCUCGCGAGCGCAGAAGCCUCUGGGAUCUGCCUCUUCACAUCCCGCCUGCUACCCAGCGCAUCCCCGACGCACUCGUGGAUCCAUCGACCUCCUCGGCCCUGCCUCCACACACUCGACGGCUCCCCUGCGGGAGGAGUUCAUGCCCAUUUAGCAUGAGAAAUCCCUUUCCUACUCGACCCACAUCACACUGCUGCCAUCGAAUCGGAUCCGCGGGAGGAGUCCUGGGCCACUCACUCCACUCACCAGCCCAGAGAUCUUUUCAUCCCUGCCUCUCCUUCACUUUGCUGCUGCCGACGACGUCAGGAACAUCUGCCGCGUCCGAUUCGAUCCCAACCGAGGGUCCCCCCGGCGGCUAUCCAUGGUAGAGGCGCCCAGCUCAUCCGAAGAUGCGCCCAAUCCAUCUGCUCCAGAACAGAGAGUAUGGGGAGAAUCUCAUGGGGCUGCUGCACCACAUGGGGUCAAACAAGAUUGUAGUGCUCUGCCAUGGCUUGGGCUUCCAAGAGAGAGCGAUGGUAAAUUCCAGUAUGGUAUGUACAGGAAGGAGGCUGAUGACCUGCAUUCUGUUGUUUCAUAUGUUUACUGGGAGAAGUAUGAUGUAGCAGCACUUGUUGGUCACAACAAAUAUGGGUUCAAUCAUAGGCAGGGAUACGCAAGCUGCAGUUGAUUGAUACAUGGCAUACCAGCGAAGGAAGAUUGAUUCCUUCAGUACGAUCAUUGUGUGUGCCUUUUGAUAUAUAAACUUGUUGUUGAUCCAUCAGUAAAUUUUUAGAUAUUCCUGAUUUGGUUCACCAGUAAAUGAGCUUUCUAUGUAUCAAGUUAUAUUAUAGGAUGAAAUUGAGAUUUUUCCUGAAAAAACCGCAAGUUGUUCUGUGCACAAAUGUUGAGGCAGUUCAAAUAGUUUUA